ACUCAGGAGUGGGGCACAAACAGGUCCUGCCCAUGAGUGUGUGUCUGGGCCCAGGCGGCUGUGCAUUUGUGGAAUGCGUGCACCACACUGAACUGUGUGUCAGUGUAUAGGGACCUGCUGCAGAGAAAUCUUGUAAAUCCAGCCCUGGGUCUGUCACCUCAGGAGCUACUUGUUCAGAAAUACCAUCUACUGCAUUAACUUCUCAAAACUCCCUCACUCAAGGGUGGAGUGGAGGCGAAGUAAAAGGGACCUUGAAUUGUAAAAAUGGUACAGAGGGUUAUCCAACUUCAUAAUCCAUGCUUUACAGUCGGCAGCACCGGGGAGGGCAGACUGUACUGCAUGAGACUCACUCUGCCACCCUCCCUGUGGGCUCCACGGGGCUGUGGAAGGACAGGAAGAGCCCCAGGGAGGAGGCAAGAGCAUUGCUGGACUCCAGGGACUGUGUUCCCUCCCCUUGGCUGUCCCAAACAGGCAGUGCAAAGACCCGCUCCCAGACAAGGCACCCCCAUACCCAGGUCCCAAGUGACCCCGUGGUGACAUCCGCAGGCCACACAGCUGCCUGGGGUGCUCUGCUGGAAAUGUCCAGAGUCGGACCUUCCACAUCCAGCCCACAUCUCUCCAGCCGCAGCCCCCAGGUGCCCUCCACUCGCCCCUGCACACAUCCCUGGGGAGUGUUGGGUCGAGCUGUGCUCUUUGUGGGGCUGUGUCUCCAUGCAGGAGGUCACUGGCUUUCUUCAUCUCCCUUCUCUAACUGUGAGGCUUCCUCCAGACAAAGAUCCAAGGUCACCCCUCCCACAAGUUCUCUGUGACCACACCCUUCAGUCUGCACUUGCCCUUUAGGUGCGAGGUCUCCGUCUCCUUCCUGUGCAGCCACCAGGCCAGCCCUCAGUCCAGCUCGAAACCCCAGGACACACUCCGGUUUCCGGGUGUAACAAGAGCUGGAGGAAGGGGCAAUUAGUCAUGAGGUUAGAGCCAAGCCAACAACACAACGUCUACACCACAGACCAAGUUCUGGGAGCCAGGCUGGAAGAAGCAAAACAAGGAAGACAACAUCGUGUCCCGUGUUGUGUAGACACCUGCCGCUCGGGUAUAAAGGCCGCCCCGGGAAGGAGCCUGCAGACACCACUGCCCUCCUGCUCCACAGCAGCCCAGCCCCACGCCAGCAUGUGCCACACCAGCUGCUCCUCAGGCUGUCAGCCGGCCUGCUGCACACCCAGCCCCUGCCAGGCGUCCUGCUGUGUGCCCGUGAGCUGCCAGCCAGCCGUGUGCUCACCUGUGAGCUGCCAGCCAGCCGUGUGCUCACCUGUGAGCUGCCAGCCCUCCGUGUGUGUGGCCCGCACCUGCCAGUACUUCUUGCGCGUGCCUGUGAGGUGCAAGCCCACCGUGCUUGUGGCUGCCCCUUGCCAGUCCUCUGGGUGCUGCCAGUCCUCCGUGUGUGGGGCCCCCUCCUGCCAGUCCUUCGUGCGUGUGCCUGUGAGCUGCAAGCCUGCCAUACUUGUGGCCCCCUCCUGCCAGUCCUCUGGGUGCUACCAGCCGUCCUGCCCCACCCUGGUCUGCAGACCCAUCUCCUGCAGCUCCCCUUGCUGCUAUUGACCGCGAGUCCCUUCUCAGCUGCAUCAGUGCAGAUGGGUCCACACCUGUAGCCCUCCCAGAACGAGUGGGCCUCCAGCUUCUGCACACGGCAGAUGGAAAGCGUGCUCACCGACCCCUCUGAACUGCAUGGUGAGGAUGUGGCAGGAUGAUCUGGAUCCCUCCUUGACCUGCCCAUCCCCUCACGGAAGCCCUGGCUCCCAGGGUCCUUCUCUGUCUCCAGCAGGAAACCAAACCUCCUUGUGAGCAAAAUAAAUUGUGAUUUCCAA